CACACGCCGAGCGCUGGUGGCGUCAAUAUAUAAAUUAGCCCUUGCGAUCACGGAAGAGGCUUAAAGAGGCUGGCUGAGCUUGGAACCGAGAUGAGAAACGAACGCCACCGUGCAGGUAAACUAGUAGUCGUACAACAGAAACAACUUAUAUUAUAGGUGGACGAUGUACUUGACACUACCUAUGUUGCGGUUUAGAUAUUAGAUGCCACCCCAAUUUAUCCAAUGGCUUUGGAAAUUUCCCCAUUGAGGAUAUGAGGAGAAGAUGUGCCAAAAUAUACGCACUAUCGUUGCCGCCAAUUGUCCCCUAGAGUGAUUAUUUGAAGGGGUUCACAAGACAAGGCAUCCUCGUCGUAUCGGCCGCCCAGUUUAAUAUAUCCCAAACUCCGAGGAGUUGACAGCCAGUGUCAAUAAAAGGCCAAUCGGAUCGUUCAGGAUACACACUUGCUUUUUUUAAAGAUGCGGUGAAUUGUCGAAUCUCUAGCAAUAUGUCUAAGAGCUCGGACUUUUACGUCGGCUAUCCAAUUAUGAGCGAAUUUACUUAGCAUUACAACAGCCACGGGUGCCUACCUAGGUGUGUUGUAUAAUAAGCAAAAAUAGGUAGCGUAGGGAGUAUCUUUGUUCUCGAUUCAAUGUUCUCCCUCGCGUUUACAUCCUCAUUUCUAAACUUACGUGCUUCUAGAGAAUCGAUAAGCAAUACAUAGUCUUACAAUCUUACAAUCUUCCACGAUGACAUCAGUAACGUUAAAAGGCAUCGAAGGUCGUGAGAUCACUGUCCAAACGGGGCUAUUCAUCAAUAAUGAAUAUGUAACCGCUACAAACGGCGCUACACUUGAGGUGGAGAAUCCAAGCACAGCUACUCGCCUCGCAACAGUAGCCGCCGCACAGAGUGAAGACAUCGACCGCGCCGUCCAGUCCUCCGAGAAAGCUUUUGGCUCUUGGAAGAAGGUUGACCCGACCGUCAGAAGAGAUCUAUUGAAUAAGUUAGCAGAUCUCAUCGAGCGAGAUGCUCCAAUCAUAGCCUCCCUGGAAGCGCUCGAAUCUGGAAUGCUCUACAGGAAUUGUCUUGCCUCUAAUAUUCCUGUCGCAACUGGGAACCUUCGCUACUUUGCAGGUUGGGCCGACAAAAUCGACGGUCUUAGUUUGCCAAUUCCGCAGGGAGUUGCAUAUACCCGACGGGAGCCAAUUGGGGUAUGCGCUGCCAUCGUCCCAUGGAAUACUUCGAUGAUAUUCUUUUGGAAGUUGUCGGUGGCCAUUGCAGCUGGCAAUACACUGAUUAUGAAGACAUCCGAACAGACUCCACUCUGGGGUCAAAAGGUCGCAGAAUUGAUUAAAGAGGCCGGCUUUCCCCCAGGAGUCAUAAACAUCUUGACUGGCUUUGGUAACAUUGCCGGACAAGCUCUAUCGGAACAUCCUCGAAUCAGGAAGAUUGCUUUCACCGGAAGCACGGCUACCGGCCGUAAAAUCAUGCAAGCAGCCGCCCGCACCAACCUGAAGAAGGUAACUCUGGAAUUAGGGGGUAAAGGACCGACCAUCAUAUUCGACGAUGCCAACUUCGACAACGCGGUGUUUUGGGCAACUCUAGGCAUUACUCAUAGUAAUGCGCAGUUGUGCCUAGCUGGGAGUCGCAUCUAUGUCCAAGACACGAUCUACGAGAAAUUCCUCGUAGAGUUCAGCAAACGUAGCCGCGAUGCGGUUCACGGUGAUCCCCUAUUGGCGGACACUACCAAGGGAGCAGUAUCCAGCAAAGCCCACCUCGAUAAAAUUCUAUCGUACGUAGAGAGGGGCAAGGCAGAUGGGUUGAGGCUCCUCCAUGGAGGGAACAAGCUUUCUGGAGAUGGGUACUAUGUCGCUAAUACGGCGUUCGCGGAUGUUGAUCAGAGCCACGCUAUCAUGCGGGAGGAGAUCUUCGGACCUGUGGCAGGAAUCGCACCCUUCAAGACCGAGGAGGAGGCUAUUGAGAAGGCCAAUGACUCUGAAUACGGUCUUAAUGCUGCUGUCUUCACGAACAAUGUCAACCGGGCAAUGAGAGUCAGCAAUGCGAUUGAAGCGGGCACAGUAACCGUUAAUUCUUGGGGUCGACCCAACGCCAACACGCCGUUUGGUGGUGUCAAGCAAAGCGGCUUCGGGAGAGAUUCCGGUCACGAGGCUUUGGAAAGUUGGCUUGUGACGAAGACCAUCAAGUAUGCUGUUCUGGAGUGAAGGGAGGAAAUUAGUUGAUAGUCUCAAAGGCACUCGAGCUCGUAUUAACCGCUGUGAGGGCCUAGAAGUUAGACCCAAAAUACCGUUAAUAGCAGGGCAUUUAUAGUGGAAGUUACUGACCUAAAUGCCUAAGCUAGCACCUAAAUAGUACAGACGCUUUCCUAAUGAGGUAGUAUGCCAACUUUCCAUUGGUUGUUAUGAAUCGUGGUGGGUGCCCAUUACGUAGUUUUUAUGGUUCUGAAUUUUGCAUCUCUACA